AUGGCAUCAAAAUCCAUCCCAACUCCCACACCUUCAACAAAGAAAUUCUACGCAACCAACUCCCCUUGGGAGGCAGCGUACGGUUACUACCGUGCCGUUCGAGUUGGACAGCAAAUUUACGUCUCAGGUACAACCGCCGCAGACCCAGAGAGCCCACCAGAGAGUCCCCGCAUGUUAUUUCCUGGAGAUGCGCGGGGUCAAACACAAGUGACCUUGAAGGAAGUAAUCAAGGCUAUCCAAUCUCUUGGUGGCAAGGGAGCAGAAAGUAUCAUACGCACUCAGCUUUUCAUUCAGCGCCAUGAAGACGCACCGGCUGUCAUGCAGGGAUUCAAGGAUAUUUUGGGCCGACAACUCGGUGGGGAUAUAGGCUCGACUGCAAUCCUUCUUGUCGUUUCAAAUUUUGCUGAUCCGGAGAUGCUUGUCGAAAUUAUGGUGGAUGCUAUAGCAGAUGCGUCAUGA